UUCACUGGCUUUGUAUAUAAAAUUGCUUUCAUCUCUCUCGAAUCUUCAUCGGAAAAUUCUUUACAUGCAAUAAUUUAUUAAUACUCGAAUACUUGCACCAUAAUAUUGUACAAGUACCUCAGAAGUUCGUUUCACACUAUGCUUAGUGUGGCUCGUUUGAGGAACACUAAAGAUGAAAGAGCUGGAGAAAAGAUUGAUAAUAAUCUCUUCAUCGGAGGAGGAAGCGGCGAUAUCAACGACUUCCCUGAUUUCUCGACCGAUAAUUUGCUGGACAGUAUUGACUUCGAUGACCUCUUCGUUGGCAUGGAAAACGAAGUCGAUGUGCUUCCCGAUCUGGAAAUGGACUCCGACAUUCUCGGUGACUUCUCUGUCAGUGGCGGCGAAGAAUCUGAGUUUGUGAAUUAUAAUAAUUCAGCAGCGUCUGGUUCAGCUGAAAACACUGAUGCGAAGAAUAGCAACUCGGCGAGCAGCACCAAGGAAGAUAACAAAGUCUCGGAUUCGGGCUCGGGGAGUUCGAGUUUGAUUAAUCAAGGAGAAGAAAUCUUGAGUAAGAGAGAAAAUAAGUCUUCAUCUGCCAAGGGAGCUGCGGAAAAAGGGAAAAAAUCAUCGAAAAAUCAUCAAGGCAAGAGGAAAGUAAAGGUUGAUUGGACACCAGAACUGCACAGAAGAUUUGUGCAAGUAGUGGAACAGUUAGGGGUGGACAAGGCAGUCCCUUCAAGAAUCUUGGAGCUUAUGGGAAUAGACUGUCUAACUCGUCACAACAUUGCUAGCCAUCUUCAGAAAUAUCGAUCUCACCGGAAACAUUUGCUAGCACGAGAAGCUGAGGCAGCAAGCUGGAGCCAAAGGCGACAGAUAUACAGUGGUGGUGCUCUAGAAGGAUGCAAGAGAGAAAUGAUUAGUACCAAUCCUAACUGGUUUACACCCACCGUAGGCUUCCCGCCAGUGGCACCCAUGCCUCAUUUCAGACCAUUGCACGUAUGGGGACAUCCCUCCAUGGAUCAAAGGCACAUUUGGCCGAAACACAAUUUCCCCCCUAAUUCAAGGCCACCAGUUAUAUGGCCAGCUCCUGCAGUAGCCCCAUCCUCCCACUUACAACAGGUUCCAAAUACUAUGCCACAUGGAACACCUUGCUUUCAGCCACCACCUCCGACAGCAACGAACUUUGCUGCUCCACCAGCGGUCCCGGGCCUUCCACCCCGUGCCAUGUUCAAAGCAGACUCCAUCGCUGCUCAAGCUUGCCCCCACCCUCCCAUUGACUUCCAUCCGUCAAAGGAGAGCAUAGAUGCAGCUCUUGAAGAUGUAUUAACGAAGCCAUGGCUGCCACUUCCGCUGGGGCUGAAACCUCCGUCAACGGAUAGUGUAGUAGUGGAGCUCCAUCGUCAAGGCAUCGAAAAAAUUCCGCCCACUAGUACUAGUGGUUGAGCUUACUUACAACCCUUCUCUCUCUAUAUAUAUAUAUAUUUGAGAACCUCUCUUAGCUUGCUUCUGCGAUUUUUCAGCCCCGAAAAGAAGCCCCUCAAUUCGACGACGUUUCAUGUAUCUAGAUCUUCAGAAUCUAUAUAUAUUUAUAAACAACUUUUGUUUUUUUA